CCCACUGGAUGGUGCGUUAGGAGCGCGUGCAGGAAGGCACCGGGACUCUCCUUUCUUCUUCUUCUUCUUCUUCUUCUUUUUCUUCUUCUUCCUUCUCGGAUGGAGACGGGCUGAGCUGAGCAGGGUCCAGGUCCAGGUCCAGGUCCAGGUCCAGUUCCCCGAUCGGCGCAGUCCACCUCCAGCAUCCCGCUGGCAGCUCCUCUCUCCGUGGAAAAGCCGCUGCUGAGAGCCGGGGGAAGCAGCAGGAAGGGGAGACGCGAUCCUCCACCAUCCGAAGGCCUCCUGCAUCUCUUCCAGGGGCGUCAUCGUGUUGCACCAUGCCCUGGGACGGGUGGAGGGAUCGGGGGAUCGCCGGGUGGAGGGACGCGGGGAGGGAAGGGUGGAGGGAGGGCAGGGAGAGCGGCGUGGUGCAGAGCUACAGCUUCGAUUCGUACCAGCUGGAGGAGGAGGAGAUCAGUAAGGAUGCCCCAGAGCGAGGAGUGCUGGCUCUGUCUGAGCCUGACUUUGAGCAGCCGAUCCCCGAUGACCGUUACCAUGGCAUCUACUUUGCAAUGCUGCUGGCUGGAGUGGGUUUCCUGCUGCCAUACAACAGCUUCAUCACCGACGUCGACUACCUGCAUCACAAGUUCCAGGGAACGUCCAUAGUGUUUGACAUGAGUCUGACGUACAUAGUGGUGGCUCUGCUGGCUGUGAUCCUCAACAAUGUGCUGGUGGAGAGGCUCAGCAUGCACACCAGGAUUACUGUGGGAUACAUCUUGGCGCUGGGGCCGCUCAUCUUUGUCAGCUUGUUUGACGUCUGGUUGGAAAAAUUCACCACCAAGCAGGCUUACGUCAUCAACCUGUUGUCAGUGGGAGUGGUGGCCUUCGGAUGCACAGUGCAGCAGUCCAGUUUCUAUGGUUACAUGGGGAUGCUGCCCAAGAGGUACACUCAAGGGGUGAUGACUGGGGAAAGCACGGCCGGAGUGAUCAUCUCGCUGUCUCGCAUCUUCACCAAGCUGCUGAUCCCUGACGAGAAGAAGAACACCCUGAUCUUCUUCCUGAUCUCCAUCAGCAUGGAGAUGCUGUGCUUCCUGCUGCACCUCGUCGUCCGACGCUCGCGGUUCGUCCGCCACUACACCGGCCACGCCCAGGGCAAAGGUCAAGUCAAAUGUCACGACCCACGGGACGCCGGAACUGGAUACAGGGUCCAUCACGACGUCACCGCAGAGGAAGUGAUAUUUGGAAACGGAGGAACGGCGCCAUCCUCUGCAGAAGAAGGCCAUGAGGAUUUUGUGGGCGGGACUUAUGUGAGAUUCGACGCCCCAAAAGCCAAGAUCAGGAAGAGCUGGCCCGGCGUACGAGACAUGAUUCUGCAUCGCUACGUGGUGUCGCGUGUGAUCUGGGCCUACAUGCUGUCCAUAGCUGUGACCUACAGCAUCACCCUGUGCCUGUUCCCCGGCCUGGAGUCAGAGAUCAGGAACAAAGCCUUGGGGGAAUGGCUGCCCAUCCUCAUCAUGGCCACGUUCAACAUGUCCGACUUUGUCGGGAAGAUCCUGGCGGCGCUGCCGUACGAUUGGUCCGGGGGCCGCCUGCUCUUCUUCUCCUGUCUGAGGGUGGUCUUCAUCCCUCUGUUUGUGAUGUGCGUGUACCCGGUCAGCGCGCCCAUGCUGUCCCACCCUGCCUGGCCGUGUCUCUUCUCCCUCCUCAUGGGAGUCACCAACGGCUACUUUGGGUCGGUGCCGAUGAUCCAGGCGGCUGGGAAAGUACCGCCUGAGCAGAGGGAGCUGGCAGGAAACACAAUGACAGUUUCCUACAUGACGGGUCUGAUGGUGGGUUCCUCUGUGGCGUACGCAACGUACAGCUUCACCCCGACGGCGGCAGGAGCGCGCCUCCCCACACGCGCACCUUUCAAUGUGACAGGGUACUAAAUGUCCACAUAGACCAAAACACACACACACACACACACACAUAAUUAUAUAUCUACCCAUGUGCAGCAGACGCAAGCAUUUAAAGUUGUAGCAACAUUUUCAUCCUGCGCGGUGAAGUUUCUAAGAAGAAGAGCAGAAUUGGAGCUGCAAACCCAGCCGGCGGAGGCCGACGCGCCCGACCUUGAAGAAUCGCUCGGUGAAAUCACGGCCUGCAUGAGAUCGAGCGGAUCGUCUGACAUUUGUGAGGGCAUGAAGGCGAGUCGUGUUUCACUCCGAGGAGCGCAGCGCCGUUUGGGUCGAACGACUCGUUUCUGAUGACGUCCCAGAGCUGCUCAGGGUUCAGAGGAAGGUCGAGGGAGUCAGGGAGGUCAUUCAGGGGUCAUCAGAAUAACCCUCGCAGCAGCUGAAGAAAUAUCGAUGGUGAAAUAACUGCAAAAACACAAAAUCUUACCGAGCAUUUUUGUCUAGUUUCUAGUGCAGAUAUAAAUAAGACAGAACUAUGUUACAGGUAGCUUUUCAGAAAGUAUAGAUCUUGUUUUAAGUCAAUAAUUCCUUAAUAUUGCUGAAAAAUACUUAGGAUUGUUGUUCCAUUGGAAGAUUAUAAGUGCCAAUCCAACAAUACAUUUUUCCCUUAUUAUAAGUUCAAAUGUCUUGUUCCACUGGCAGAUUAUUUCACUUCUAACUCAUAAUUUUUCAGCAAUUUUAAGGAGUUAUUAACUUAAAACAAGCUCCUAUUUGACUUAUUUUCCAUUUGCAAGGUAAAAUUGUGUGUUUUUUGCUGUUUAUUUAUCCCUACUAGACUGACCUUAAAGCAUAAUUUGCCCCUGUUUUAUAGUAAUAUCAAUGAUCUGAGAUGUCGACAUUAUUAUACGGUUUAUAUCAUCAUAAAUUAGAGAAUAUUUCCACCGACGACUCUUUCAGUCUUCAUAGUUGCAUCUAACAGUGAAGUGAAGGUCUUUCAUGUAAGUGGUCGGUAUGUUGCACAAAAUCAUUCACAAUAUAUAAUUUAUUCAUUUAUUCUUGAGGGUUUAAGACUGAUGAACAAGACAGAAAUGAUAAAAUAUUCAUAUUUUUAACUAAUUUAUGUUAAUGUGCUGCUUUUAUUUGUUUUCAUAUUGACUCCCAAACACUAGUUUACCUCAAUAAAGCUGAAUAAUAAGUGUAUUUCAGAAUUUUAUAUAUAUAUAUAUAUAUAUAUAUAUAUAUAUAUGCAUUUAAUUUUCCGUAUUUUUAUGACUGGACAUAUUUUAAAGCAUAAAAAAGACAGAAAAGUCUGUACAUGUCUAUACACUAGCAAUCUGACUCUUUUAUGUAUUUGUUUUUGUAGCUGAGCAAGAUGGACGGCUCUCAUUAGCAACAGGCUGACAUAUAUUAAAACAUAUAUUCCUUUGUGUGUAAGAAGCCUUGAAAUGAACCCAGCAGCCGUCACAUAACCUCACUGUAAUCAGCUGAAAUUAUAGAAAAAUCCAACUUUUAAUUCUAGAACAAUUAUUCAGUGGGUUAGUGGCUGGAUGAGAUCGGAUCGGGACUUGAUUCCAUCUCUGAUUUGGUUGUUUUGGCACCAGAACCCAGUGAGUAGGAAGUUAAAGGAGAGAAAAAGUCUCAAAGGUUCACUGUUUGUUUGUUACUUUUAACGCUCCUGCAUUUUACAUUUGCUUUUGUGGGGAUGUAAUGAAUGUGGGUCAUCAUUUACACCCUGCAAGAAAAAUCAAGUCAUUCUAGUUUUACAGAUGAUUUCACAUAUUCCUUUUGGUGUCACAUUGAAACAUUUAGAUCAGUAAGCUGGAACAUUUGGAAUUUAAAUGGUUACUUUUUGUAUUUCCGCUUUUAAUCAUUCCUUUCAACAAGCUACAAGCGUGGUCUAUAAAAAUAAACAUUUUGUUCUCUUCUAACUGAAGGAUGCAUAAAUGUGUUAUUGUCUUUCUGAGCUGAUGUUUGAGCUGAUCUUUGACUCUGAAAGGGAUCUGUGGUUAUCAUCAAUAUUAUAAAAUGAGGAAAACAAGCAGUGUGAAGAAAUAAAUCAGUUGGUGCCAAACGUUUGCCUGAAUAUAAAGCUCUUACUAAACAACAUGAAAUGCACUCAAUACAGAAUAUAGUGUUUGUUUCAUCAAAUAUAAAUUUGAAUUUAGAAUCGAUUUUUAGGAUCUGAGUGUGUGCACUGUGUGUUACCUACACGAAUAUCUGAGCUGUUUGAGGAAAUGUUUGUAGCCGUUUGGGAGAUAACCUCAUUACUCUGCAUGUGUGUGUGUGUGUGUGUGUGUAUGUGUGUGUGUGUGUGUGUCCUGCUGUUAAGAGAGCAUCAUAUUUCCCUAGACUUCUCUGGACUGCAAGUUUCAAGGUGUCUUUACGUGUUCUUUGUGAGAUGUGUUGGUAAAGGACAUGAAAAGUCUGUUUUGCGCAUGAGAUAAAAAUUCGAAUUGAGUGAGAGGGAAAAAUCCCUUUUUGUUGUAAAUGUAUUUUUACAAAGACCUUAAGCUGAUUUAACAGCUUAAAGCGACAGUUCUGGGACUUUUAAUGAGGGAUGUCUUGCUUGGCGAUGGAUAAAAUCAUAUUUCUGUUUGUAAACCAAGGAGGAAAUUGAGAAUUUCAUAAAUAUAGUGCAACACCAUCGAUUUUAAAGGUGCCGGACAGAAAAACCUUUCACUGUUGGUCAGCAGCGAUUAUGAACCCCUUUGACGGCUCACCGGGGACGAUAAGGUUGCUCACUCAAUCAUUUUUGUGGUGCCAUGAAGAAGUCACAUAAAAUGUUGAUGUUUUUCAAUUAGAUUUUUUUGUUUGUGUCAAGAAUACAAUCUGUUUUUCUGUACAUUGCUCUAUAUGUCAGUUCUUUUCCAUUUUAAGCUCCAGAUGCUCUUUCUUGUGUUAGUUAUGUGUAUUUUAAAGGUACUUGUGUGUUUUGAAAAAUAAUGGAAAAAAUGUGCUUUAUUUUUUUACACUUUUAAGAUUUUCAGGUUUCCUGGCUGUAAAACAUUUUGAUGAUAAUUGGCCUUUAAUCUCAUCCAUGAUUUUAAUUUUCUCACCUGGAUCAGGCGGUUUCAGCAGAGCAUGUGACUGCACACUGUGAGAAAUUGUGUAAAAAGGGAGGCACACACGCGUUGCAAAUAAUGUACAAAGAUGGACUGUAACAUAUUUGAGAGAUAAUCUUUGCGACAAAGAAUAAUUUAAGAAUUUGACAAAUUCUCUGUAAGGAAUAAAUAAAUAAGAAUGUGCCAAGUACCAGCAAAAUUUGACCUGUUUACUAGUGCCAUAUUUGCAUGAAGUAUGUCUAAACAGUGGUUUUAUUGCAAACCAAAACCUUCACAAACUAACAAUUGUUUGCUUACAGAAAAUUUCCUCAAUGUGGAUAAGCAUUUUAUGCGUUCAGCUCAUGUUUUCUAUUGUUUAGUGCCCAAAAUGUAAAAAUGGUAGCCAUAAAACUCAACAAAAUUGUGUUUUUUUUUUCUCCCCCCCUUGAGUCAUUGUAUAAAAACCUCAACAUGAGCUGUUUUAUUUGAUGCUGGUUGAAUGAUUCUGGAUUGUCCCAAAAACAAGUGUUUAUGCUUAAGAUUGUACCAUCAGUGACGCCUAAUAAAAUCUGUUUACAU